CUUAAGUCGCUUGACAGGGUCGGAUGGAAAUGAGGCAGACACUUCGUUAACUCCUCAGUGUAACGCGUCCGUACGGAGACGCGGGAUCGUAUCACUAUGGCAGCUAUUUGUACUGCGAGGGACUUUUGUUUGUUUUUGCUCUUGUUAAAUACUCACCAAAGUGUCGGACUUGGAAAGAAUCGAGACCGAUGCCUGGAAGGAAGGGAUGUGUGCCACAUUGACGCUGUUUGUCAGAAUACACCGGCUUCAUACAAAUGCACGUGUAAAGCGGGCUUUACGGGGGACGGGACACAAUGCGAAGAUAUUGAUGAAUGCGAUAUCGAGUACAACGGCGGAUGUGUGCACGAAUGCAGCAACAUACCGGGCAACUACCGGUGCACGUGCCACGACGGAUUCAUGUUGGCACAUGAUGGACAUAACUGUCUAGAUGUGGACGAGUGUAUGUUCAACAAUGGUGGCUGUCAGCAGGAGUGUGUCAACACCAUGGGCAGCUAUGAGUGCCGCUGUAAGCAGGGCUUCUUCCUCAGCGAUAACCAGCACACCUGCAUCCACCGCUCCGUGGAGGGGCUUAGCUGCAUGAAUAAGGACCACGGCUGUGCCCACAUUUGCAAGGAGACGCCCAAGGGAGGCGUGUCCUGUGAGUGCCGGCCUGGCUUUGAGCUGGCCAAGAACCAGAGGGGCUGCACACUAACCUGUAACCAUGGAAAUGGAGGUUGUCAGCACAUAUGUGAGGAUACAGAGCAAGGGCCUAUAUGCAGGUGUCAUAUGAGGUACGCCCUGCACUCUGAUGGGAGAUCCUGUGUAGAGCGGGACGAGUCCCUGACAGAAGGCUCUGAGCACAACGCCACGCUCCUGGCCGAAGUGGACAAGCGGGUGAAGCGGCGGCUGCUGAUGGAAACCUGCGCUGUGAACAACGGCGGCUGCGACUGCACCUGCAAAGACACGUCCACUGGGGUUCGCUGCAGCUGUCCGGUGGGCUUUACCCUGCAGCCUGAUGGAAAGACAUGCAAAGACAUAGACGAGUGCACCGUCCACAAUGGCGGCUGCCAGCAGUUCUGCCGGAACACCAUAGGCAGCUUCGAGUGCAGCUGCAGGAAGGGCUUUAAGCUCCUCACCGAUGAGCGCUCUUGCCAGGAUAUAGAUGAGUGCUUCUUUGAGAGGACUUGUGAGCACACAUGCGUGAACUCCCCCGGAAGUUUCCAGUGUGUAUGCAAUAAGGGCUACAUCUUGUAUGGGUUGGCCCAUUGUGGAGAUAUCGACGAGUGCAGUGUGAACAAUGGGGGCUGCCAGCACGGCUGUGAGAAUACGAUGGGCAGCUUCCUGUGCCACUGCCAUGCCGGCUUCAGUUUGCACUGGAACAAGAAGGAUUGCAUCCGAGCAGAUGAUCAGGCAGCAUCUAGAGCCCCUGUGAAGCCGACACUGAACUGCACUAAGGUGGAAGGCAGUGACCGUUGCCUCCUCAACUGCCAGUCCCAGGUUCACAUUAGCGGUGGGACUGAGGAUUCCUACACGGUGACCUGUGGAAUGCCGCUACUCUGCUCCACUGGAGGACAAAGGAACCAGAGCGGAUCUCAGUGCUCAGAAUCAGACAUGACGAUGCUGCCCCGCAUAAGAACCACGGCUACAUUUAAUGCAGGCACAGGGAAAUGCAAUUUGAAAAGGAGUCAAGAGAAGCUGAAACAGGGCAUGAAUGCUGCUUUGUCAGACAGAAAAAGUCCUGUCACGGAGAAUGUCCACUUCAGCUUCGUCAGCCUGCGCUGUGUGUCCUCGGACCACUGGCCGCGCAGUCGUCACGGCCGCAAAGUGGGAGAAGGCGACAGCUCAUCCAUCACGGCGGAGUUCGAGCUGGAUGUGAACUUAGAGGAGGUAACAGAGAGCUGCGACUUGGGCUGCGUGCGCCGCCGCGCCCAGAAACGCCUGCGCAAGACUAUCCGCACCCUGCGCAAGUCCAUCAACCGGCAGCAGUUUCACCUGCACUUCGCCGGCCUGCAGUACCAGAUGGGGAAGAUGGUGAGCCCGGCCAGGGAGACGCCGGAGCUCUGCGGUACGGGACAGGUGCUGCUGAACCAGAAGUGCGUGAGCUGCAGCGUUGGAAUGUACUAUGAUGGCGAGCAGGGGAGGUGUGUACUUUGCCCAGCUGGAACAUACCAAGAUGAAGAAGGCCAAGUGUCAUGCGAAAUCUGUCCUAGACCAGAAGGGGCCAGAAAUCUCUGGAGAGUGGGGGCCCGAAACAUCUCAGAGUGUGGAGGUCAGUGUCCUGCCGGUCACUACUCCUCUGAUGGCUUUGUGCCUUGUUCACUGUGCCCCCCGGGUUCCUACCAGCCUGAGGUCGGUCGCACCACCUGCUUCCCAUGUGGAGGAAACCUUGCCACCAAACAUGCUGGAGCUGUUUCUUUCCAGGACUGCGAGACCAAGGUUCACUGCUCACCUGGACAUUAUUACAACACCAGCACGCACCGCUGCAUCCGGUGUCCGCCGGGGUCUUACCAGGGCGAGUUUGGGCAGAGCUACUGCAUGGCCUGUCCGGGAAACACCAUGACUGACUUUGAUGGUUCCACCAACAUCACACAAUGCAAGAACAGACAGUGUGGGGGAGAACUGGGGGAGUUCACUGGAUACAUCGAGUCUCCAAACUACCCUGGGAACUACCCCGCCAAUAUAGAGUGCACCUGGACCAUUAACCCUCCGCCCAAGAGGAGAAUCCUGAUUGUGGUGCCUGAAAUAUACCUUCCAAUUGAAGAUGAGUGUGGAGACUACCUAGUUAUGAGGAAAAGCUCUUUUUCUAACUCAGUGACGACUUAUGAAACGUGUCAGACAUACGAGCGACCCAUUGCCUUCACCUCGCGCUCCAAGAAGCUGUGGAUUCAGUUUAGAUCCAACGAGGGUAACAGUGGGAAAGGCUUCCAAGUCCCUUAUGUAACAUAUGACGAGGAUUACCAAGAACUAAUUGAAGACAUAGUCAGGGAUGGCAGGUUAUAUGCUUCAGAGAAUCACCAAGAGAUACUGAAGGACAAGAAGCUGAUGAGAGCUCUAUUUGAUGUUCUGGCUCAUCCACAGAACUUCUUUAACUACACUGCCCAGGAGUCCAGAGAAAUGUUUCCUAAGUCCUUCAUCCGAUUCUUGCGCUCUAAAGUUUUGAGAUUUCUACGGCCAUAGCCUGAGGGAAACUCCUGCUCUUCACUCUGAAAUGCUUCUCUUCAUUAUUCCUUAUAGUCGUAGGGGUUGUGUUGGUAACAGGGGGAUAUGAAAGCCACCCAGGUUCUGUCUGGGAAGGUCUAGCCUGACUUCCUCUAUCACCUGAAAUCCUUCUGGAAUAUAUGAUGAAGAUCACAAGACAAUUCUGCACUUUUCCCAAAGAGAGACAAAUAAGCAGUCUAUGCUAUGGUAUACCUUGUAAGAUAUUUCCUCUGCCAGAACUUAAAUUGGAUGUCCUCUGAAUUUAUGGAUAUCUGUUUCAGCAAUGGUGAGAAUCUUUAUGAAUUCUGAUAAAAAUAUAACCUUUAGUAUCUGUGAUUCAAAAAUAUAUGUGAAACUUUACAACGAUUAAUCACACUGCAAAGUAAAGACUGAAGCUAUCCUGGGUAGUGGCGUGUUCAUGGAAACUAAUUUCAAGAGAUGCUUUUUUUAAAGCUUUAAGGCUUUACUCGGGCAUUAUAAUAAGCCACCUAUAGCCUUGGCAUCCUGUUUGCUGUAGACACGGUUUUUAGUAUCUGCUAACUGACACAAUCUUAUACAGCUAUAGCAGAAAAAGCAUGUCUUCUGUGUGUCACAAGACUUUUCAGUACCCAUUAAACAAGGUAGUUCUUAUUACAUUUACAAAAAAAAUACUAAUGUUUUGUACGGAAACAUGAGUAAUGUAGAAAAUAUAUAAGUGAUGUUUAUGAGCUGAAAACAUAACAGGGAAAAAAUAACUAUACAUAGCACAAAAUAUCCAUAUGUCUAAGAGCACUACAGAGAGAGUAGUUGCAAAUUAAAGCAAUUAUUUGUAUGAAUGUCUUUUGUAUAUAUUAUGUAAAAAUAAAAACACAUCAACUUAUUCUAGUCAACUCCACCUGUGAUUUAGGUGCUUUUUCAUUGUAAAUGUUUUUGAUUUUUUUUUCUCUGUACAGUUGUGAAUGUUAAAGAAAUAUGGACACUGCUUUCACACUGGACAACCUCUUUGCCAUAUUCUGAACAUCAUUUGAUUAAUAGAACAAUAGUUAUAGAUCAGAUGACCUUAAGGUGAAAAUCAAAUGUUUUCCCUCCUUCCCUCCCUUCUCAAAAUACAACAGAGGGCAUCAGAGAGGCAUGCAAAGUGUAAAAACUGUAAUGUCGCAUGUGGAACGAUGAAGUGGUCUAUAUCUUUCAUUCACAGAAAAUAACUAAAUGCAUAUCUGUUUUUGAUUUGUUACAGCUAACCUGUUGUAAAUAAAAUGAGUAAGCAA